UGAACAGGGCCACCUCAUCUCUUUGUCAUGCUGAGACAAACCAUUCGCAUUUUGCCGUUGGAGUUGUAAGGGACAAAAAAGUGUUAUUUUCUAUUUUGAUACAUGUAUCGUAAAGUUCUGACCAUAUUAUGUAUGUGUUGCUAUGGUUACUUAGUAAAAGGACAACAAUUCUCCAAUAAAGUUCUCAUGGUUUUGACGACAAACACUUCCAUCGAUAUGAUAGAUGUCUGGAAUAUCACCGGAGGAAUUAACCACAGCCAGGGGAAGGAAUCCCUGCCACUUCAAACACUGAUAUCUGAGGGAACAUACAGGUCCCCAACAGUGGAUAAAUGGUGCAUCGACCCCCCUACACAGGUAACAUUAGAGGUGACGAAUGAAGAUGGCACUGUCCUAUGGUGGACAUUGUUUGACACAUACAGCACCAAUAGCAGUCUUUAUUCUUGGAUGACGAUGGCAAAUGCCAUUGACAGUUCAGCUGAUUUUACAGAUCCAAUUUAUAAUCCAGGAUUUAAAUUUCGGCAGGAUGAAUUCUGUGACUUUGAGAUAGAACAAGCUAGUCGGUGUUGGUUAUGUUUUCAUAGGAUAAGUCACUUGAGUGGUUUACACUACGCAUCAGAGUUUAUUAUUACGUCAACACAGAAGUCUCUACCUAAGGAUGAAUUAGGUAGUUUUCUAAAAUAAAUUUAAAGCGAUUAUUAGGAGUUUUCUUAAAGAUGUUAUGAUUUUUUUAUUUGUAUUAUCUGAUAAAGAAUAUACAUUUAUAGGAUAAUGUGUCAA